AUGUUGCCACAUUAUUUGAAAGCACAGUUGGAGAGUAUUGUUGAAGUAGAUUUGGAUUCUACUUUUAAGGGAUAUAUGCUGUGGUUUAAUAUCAACGGCCGACCCAUGUAUUGCUUCACACCUGAAGGCAAACCACUGUCCAAACAAAAAACGUGCCAACAUUUCAAGAUCAAUGACACCUACAGUGGUGUCCAUAUGUAUCGGCACUGGUAUAGGGAUGACAGGCGUCGAGUGGUCUCCACAUACAAGUUAUACACAGGAAUGGGACGGGAAGUGGACUUUGUGUUAGAGCGAACUGACACAACACAUCGGGUUAUUAUUAAACACCUGCAAACAUAUCACGAUUCUAACAACGAUAUAAUAUCCGCUGGACAGUUGGAGUCGGCCAUCGAUUACCGACUGUACGACGAGUGCGGAUAUAUGCUAUGGUUUAACAUUUCAGGUCAACCCAUAAACAUUAGAGACAUCACAUUGCAAUUUAACGCUUAUGGCGUUAUAUUCAGCCCAACGAUUAUCACCAGGCCAGUUUCUCUGUCAGAUCCAUUUCACAGUCACCUCAGAGUGUUUGACACCAAUACCCUGACAAGUGAACUGAUCAGGCUCAACUACUACCUAAUAUAUGGGAAGGCUCCAUGGGAUGCCAAACCGCAUUUCUAUAUUGAUUUGGCUAACGAUACUAAUGUGCGCCCCCAUCAAGUGCCAUUAUUUCUAACCAUGUUGCCCAACAAUUUAAAGGCACAGUUGGAGGGUAUUGUUGAUUACGAUUUGGGGCCACACAAUAGGGGACAUAUGCUGUGGUUUAAUAUCAACGGCCGACCCAUGUAUUGCUUCACACCUGAGGACAAACCACUGUCCAAACAAGGUACCGAUGCUGUGACUGGACUGAGCGUUGAUGUUAGUGAUAUGACCGAUGGAAAUGCCCCGCGUAUUACACUUGUUGAUCAAAUAUGGUGUCGAAACAAACGGUCGAUCUAUUGUAUGCGCCCGGCGUUUGUCCGCCAAUUAUCGGCCGCUGGUUUGUUGGCACACUUGGAGUCCGCCAUCGAUUACCAGAUGUACGACGAGUCCGGAUAUAUGCUAUGGUUUAACAUUUCCGGUCAACCCAUGUAUUGUUUUACACGCUAUGAACAGCCCCUCUCACCACAGUGCUCUUCCGCCGAUCGUAUGAUACCGUUUCUAAACAAUUGUUUUGUCUAAACAAAUAAAUUAUUUAAUAUAAUUUUAUUUAGCAAUUAACGUAUGCCC